CCGAGCCAAUCUGGGUGAUAUAGUCGCGAACCUGAAACUAGUCGCGCAGUUUAUACAGCUGGAAGGGCUCGUGUUCCUCAUAUUGUGGUCCGCCAUUGCCUACACCCUAUCGUUGUUCUUUUAAAUUAAAAAAAAUGGAUGAACUAGACAAAGACCAGAUCGCCAUUCUCAGGAAGGCCUUCGAUGUUUUCGAUCAUGAGAAAAAGGGCUGCAUUGGCACAGUGAUGGUUGGGACCAUCCUCCAGAUGUUGGGACACACCAUCACAGAUGACAUCCUCAAAGAAAUCAUCGAUGAAGUGGACGCGGACGGUUCCGGUGAGCUGGAGUUUGAGGAGUUCGUGACCUUAGCAUCUAGAUUCAUGGUUGAGGAAGAUGCAGAGGCCAUGCAAGCUGAACUGAAGGAAGCAUUCCGUUUAUAUGAUAAGGAAGGUAACGGGUACAUCACAACAGCUGUUCUUCGAGAGAUCCUCAGAGAGCUCGACGACAAGAUCAGCCCCGCAGAACUAGACAUGAUGAUUGAGGAAAUUGACUCCGACGGCUCUGGAACAGUUGACUUCGAUGAAUUUAUGGAGGUCAUGACUGGAGGAGACGAUUGAAAAAAUCUACAUUACUCAAAAAAUCUAGAUUCUAUGAUUAUAAUAAGUUCUCCGUGUAUACUUAGGCAAUUUUGGUUUUAUUAUUACUAUACUUAUGUAAAAAGUUUUUUUUAAUGAAUCCAAUAUAAUUAUCUCGUUAGAAGUCUAGUAACAGUAUCAGGCCUACUUUGAAUCAAAAAGGCAUAAGUAUAUACGUAGAAGGUUAAAAAAUCCUAAAUAAAUUAAUUACUAAAUAGAGUCACAUA